UAAAAAUAAAUGCAAAAUUAAGAUAAAUAAAUUCCAAAAUGUAUAAAAUAAAUACAUAAAUAAAUAAAAUGGAAAAUUAAACAAAAUGAUGUUCGUAUAUAUAAAUGUGGGCCUUUUCGAUAUAUUCUUUAUGGUGUCAUUUUAGGAUUUAUCAAUGCCUAUGUUUUGUGUAUUUUUUCUCAAUUGUGCAGACCCUCCCCUCUUCAUCAUUGCUUAGGAUUCCCAUAUACCUCGGCUCUUAUUUUGACAGGUUUUCGAGGUGUUUCCUUUACGCUUGUGGCUGGUUUGACGCACGGAGGCAACCCAUGAUCGCAGACUCAACACGCAUCCUCACACCACUGACUGACCUGGGCUUAGCUGUGUCCUGCAUGUGUGUGCAUGUGUGUGCGUGUGUGUGAGAGCGGGGAGUGUGAGUGAUCCCCCAGAAACCAGCAGCAGGAUGGAGGAUCUCAAGGAGAAUCUGGGAACUUUGGAUUGACGCCCGGGGAUCCGGGGAAAUAACGCGCGGGUCGGCCCAGAAACGAACCUCCUCAUCAGGGGUUUCUCGUGGAUUUAUAGAUCUGGAUGUUGUCUUGUUCCCUACCUUUUUUUCCCCCUUUUUCUUCUUCUAGGCGGGUGGGAAUUUACACUUUACUCUUAUUUCUGGCGUGCAUAAUAAAUAAUGCCAUUCGCCAAAAGGAUUGUGGAGCCGCAGCUUCUGUGCAGGCACCAGAUCCCCGAUGAAGGUGUGAUGUUCGAGGACCUGUGUGCCAUCAGUAACGUGGUUCUGUCCCGGACCUUGCGACAGCUGUCCGACCUGGCCCGGCACGCCUGCUCCUUAUUUCAGGAGCUGGAGAACGACAUCAUCAGCACCAACCAGCGGGUCUGGGUCCUCCAGAACAAAAUAGGCCAGAUCCAGCAGACUGCCAGUGCCCUAGACCCUAAAAAGGAGGCAGUGCCGGUCUCCAACCUGGAUAUAGAGAGCAAGCUGUCGCUUCACUAUCAGGCUCCAUGGCACCAGCAACACAACGUGUUUCAUCCUUGUACCCGACCGCCAUGUCUGGAGGAGCUGCACAGAAGCGCUCAGCUCAGUCUCAGAGCGCUGCACCGAGACGACACACAGCACCACCGCUCCACAAGUCGGGAGAGAAACAGGGUGACCAUCUCUAUCUCAGUGGCGCCCCCUAUGCCCACCUUCCCCUCGCCACACAGUAUCCGCCGGCAACAGAGGAGUCGCCUGGCACGAGCGAAAGAGAGAGCAGAGAGGGAGCGAGAGUUAGACUAUCAACCCAGGAAGGAGAGGACCGUGAGAGAAACAGAGAUACAGACCAUACAGAGAAAAGAGAGGCCAGGGAGAGAAGCCGAUAUUCAGACGAUCCAAAGAAAGUUUGAGUGCUUUUACUCACUUCACCCUAUUGAAGGUUGCAUCUUCAUUCCUUGGAACAGAAAGACUGUCUCGACAGGGGAAGGCGAAUGUGGAGAGGUCCAGGGAGGCCACAGAGCCAAGGCCGGAGCCCCCAAAGCCCCCUCGACCCAGGAUAAACAGACAAACUGGUCCAAGGAAAACCUCUCACCAUCAGAUCAGAAGUCAACUGCCGAUUCGAACUCCAUCUCCUCCUGCAUCAUCCCCAUUAACGUCACAGGAGUUGGGUUUGACAGGGAAGCAAGUGCUCGUUGCUCUCUAGUCCAUUCCCAGUCGGUUCUUCAGAGGAGAAGGAAGCUGAGGAGGAGGAAGACUAUCACAGGAAUACCCAAAAGAGUACAACAGGACAUGGACUCAGAUGAAUCACCCGUAGCAAGAGAGCGCACAGUGAUUGUCCAUGCCAACCCGCACCAACUCUCUCUCUGUCAGGAAGACCUCUUAAUCAGUGGUCGCCUCCAUCACACUCGUGACUCUGGCUGCCAGACAGAUGAUUUCCUUAUAGCAUGUACAGCUGCUCCCUCCAGAAGGCGCAUCAGAGCCCAACGUGGCCAUCAGGGAAUCCCUGCCUCUCUCUCCCAUUCAACAGGCAACAUUUCUUCCCUGGGUGACCAGUCAGAUUCCACAUACACCAGUGCUGCAGCCCACGGUGGACGCUUGCGCUCUCGUAGCCUUCCUCGAGAGGGUGGACGUCUGAUGGACAGUGAUGACGAUGACGAUGACAAUUAUGAUGAUGAUGAUGACGAAGAUGAGGACUUGUCACCAUACGAAGCGGAGGACUUUAUUCCACCUGGCCCUAGUCCAAGAAUGAAGAUGAUGAUGAUGAAGGAUGAAGAAGAGAGCACAGAUGACCAGGCUGCUCCUGAGCCACUGCAACUUGGAAGUCUAAAAAGGUUGCAGCGAUCUGGUGAGAGAGACCGAGGGGGUGGAGGAGGAGGGAGCCCAGAGCACAGCUGGAUGGAGAGGGGCCGUUCUCGCUUGCCCCGCAAGGCUGACAUGGGCAGCUGUGAGAUCUCAUCGAGUUCAGAUACUUUCAGCAGCCCUAUUCACUCAGUGUCUAACACAGGAGUCCUAGGCAGCCAUGUGGACCACAAGGAGGACCACCAGUCCUCGAGCGGGAACUGGAGUGGUUCCAGCUCCACCUGCCCUUCGCAGACAUCUGAAACCAUCCCCCCGCCUUCUUCUCCACCACUGACAGGCUCAUCCCACUGUGACUCAGAGCUGUCACUCAACACUGUGCCCAAUGCCAUUGAUGAGGGAUUCUCUCUGGAUGCCUCAUACCACUCGGACCUCAGACCUCAGGGCCAGGGCCACAGGUCAAGCUCGUUCACAUCCUCAGCCACAGACCAGCUGGACGAUGCAGGAGUCAGUACAGCCAGUGAGGGGGAGUGGACAUACCCUCCAGAUCAAGACCAGACUGAUCCGGACCAAGACCUUGACCAAUCCCAAAAUCUGAGCCGGAGCCAUGGAUUAGCGCAGGAGUACAGCUCCACACACAGUCUACAAGACCAAACCUGUUUCGGUGACAACAAGACCAGCAACACUGAAAAAGAUUCUGGCUCUCAUUACUCAUCUGAUACAGAGAGUUUCUACUCCUCUUCUGUGCAUUUUGGGGAGUGUAAUCAGAGUUACAGAGGAUACAUGUAUAACUAUGCAGACCCAGGGCCUGACUGUGGCCAAUCCAACACUGUGGCAGCACCACUAUCCCAUGGAGUUUACCCCCAGCCCUCAGCUAACUUCAGAGCAGGUACUAUGACCCUGGGGAGAACCUGUCGUCCGCUGAGGAAACCAAAAGUCAAACCUCCACCACCCAAACGGACCUCCUCGCUGAAGGACACCUGUAGUGGUGUUGAUGUUGGAACGGACACACAGGCAGAUCAGGAUCAACCAAAGACGGUUAGUGAACAAGAGCUUACCUUGUCUUCCACAGAUAUGAAGCUGGAACUGGAGCUAGAGAUUGGAGGUGCUCCAGAACCAUUACAGACAUCCUGUCUAGUGGCAGAACCUUUGGGAACUUGGGGAAGGGGACUGGGUGAAACUGUGGAUAUAGUAGAGCCCAUGUCCUUCAGCUCUGCAGAUACACACUCAUUUAAGGAUGAAGGUGCGGUGCAAUCUGACUAUGCAGACCUGUGGCUUCACAACAGUGAGCUGAAGUCCAACAAUGGUGAGUACACGUCCAUGUCCAACUCAAGCACAGCCACAGGCACUACUGUCAUGGAGUGUAUCAAGUCACCAGACAGCUCUUCCUCCUCCACAGAAACCCAAACCCAGGCACUUGCUCAGGCUUCAGAGACUAGGGCAACUAGUCCGCCUCUCCCACCUGAAGACUUCAAACUUGGGUCACCUGAGAAGCUGGCUGGCCUUGCCUCCCCAUCAAGUGGUUAUUCCAGCCAAUCAGAGACUCCAACGUCAACCUUGCCCUCAUCUUCGGCAGCGUUCUUCCCAGGACCACUGUCUCCCUCAACUGGCAAGAGAAAGCCCAAAGUGCCCGAGAGGAAGUCUUCUCUCUCUUCCCUGCAGCACUUCCCCAGAGAUGGAGCUUCCAUUUCCUCUGGCUAUAAGAGAGACCCAGACUUCCCACCUCCACCUUCUCAACUUGAUCUCAAUGUUCUUCAUGGUGGUUAUGUCAGACACACGCUAUCUCACCGAACGCAUCACAUGCACACGCUCCACCACAGCAAACACAGAGUUGCAAGUGUUUUAGCCACUGGAACAAAGUUGAUGGCUCCUGAGGCAUCAAAUACCAACCCACCAUCAAGUUCAAACUCUGCUCUAACAAUUCCCAGCUGCAAUCUAUUGGUGAUAACUCCAUCAGCUCUUCGUUCAGUGAAGCUUCAUUCUAUUAGCCAAUCUAAACAUAGAGCUACCACUGUUGACCAGGAAACAGCAAGUGGAGCAGAGACUGCAACAAGACCCAAAUGUCCUCCUAGUGGUUCUACUCUGGCUCCACCACCUAUUAACACAAGGCCUCUCCCUCCUCGCAGACCACCUCCCAGACCCCCAGUUCAUGACCACAUCUCCUCCCCUGAACACUUGCAACCACCUUUCCCUGGCCGCCACCCUGAUGGACCUCCAUCCUAUGAAAGCCUGCUACUCAGACAGGACCGCUACGGACCUGGAACCUUCUGGGCUAUGACAGCCUUUAGAACCCGGAUGGACCCAACAUCAGAACUCUCUGAGGACAGCUCACCCCUGCAUCGGCCCGUGCCACGUGCCCCCCACCCUUCGCCUGUGGAUCUACACACACAUAUCCACUCGCACGCAGAAUUCAGAGGGCUCACGCACUCAGCUCAUGCACACCCUGAGUUUAGGGUUUUGGGGGAGCGCUCGUUCUCCCAGGAUGAUGAUGAUGAUGAAGAUGAUGAGGAGGAAGAGGAAGAGCAGGUGAAAGAGCCACCGAGGGCUGCAUGUUCCAGAGGAGGCAUGCGAUCGACCCACCUUCCACCCCCAGCGUAUGAAUUUGCCGGGUUAUCCCACUCAGACUCAGGGCCCUGGGCUAGUCCAGUCAAAGUGCCUGGUACCACAAUGGAGACAUCGCAUCCUUACCUAAUCAGCGAUGCAAGGAGAGGAGGACAUGAAGAGCAGGAAGAAGAGGAGGAAGUGACAUCAGGUGCUACCAGAAGUGCCCAUCAGCAGCAGCCACAUGAGAGCAAAGAUGACUCCACCACUCCUGACACUGAGGAUUACUUCAGUAAAGAUUCCACACCCAGUGAUAAUUCACUCUCCCCUCUGAUGGAUGACGCCAAAGUGGAUGAUGACAUCAUUCUCACAUCACCCAACAAGACCCGUACAACGGAGGACCUGUUUGCCAUGAUACACAGAUCCAAGAGAAAGGUCCUGGGCCGUAAAGAUUCAGGAGACUUAAACGCGAAGUCUCGUCUCUGCCCUGCAGUACCAGUGACCCCUGUCACCACCGUCAUUAUCCCGCCAGCCCCUCCUCUCAACAUCCCAGCCACCUUAGCCACUGCUGCCGGGUCACAACGAGCCCCUGUGCCAAUUUACCGCAGCGCCAAGAAAUCCAGCACGUCCAACGAGGAGUUUAAACUCCUGUUGCUGAAGAAAGGUAGCAGGUCUGAUUCCAGCUACCGCAUGUCAGCCACAGAGAUUCUGAAGAGCCCUAUCACCCCAAAAAGCCCAGGGGACCCCCUUCAGGAAGGGGCCAUUAGACAGGCUGAGGAGCUACACUUUACACUCCAAGAGCCCCACCUUUCUGGUCUGGACCCAAUCCAGAUACCAGGCCUUUUUCCCAGAGGUCUGAACUCUGAGAGUUUCACCCCCAAAACCCUGCCUAUGUCAGCUGCAUCUCGACAGGGACGUUCACGGAUCCCCCCUGUAGCCAACAGCAGUCGCUACAGUACACGCAGCCGCCUCUACACGGCCCCCAUGCAAGCCAUUUCCGAAGGGGAGACAGAGAACUCAGAUGGGAGCCCCCAUGAUGACAGAUCAUCCUAAAACCACCUGAUGAGAGAUGUCCUCUAUUCUUAGCUCUGUCCUACAUUUGAAAUUGCCCCUUCUACUUUUCUAAUCUUGGAUAGGUGUGUCAUCAAGGCCAACAGCGUAAUUCCUCCGACACACAAAAUCUGACUGUUGCUGAAAUGCACCCAGUUUUGGAUCUACUAUUCUAUUUAAGGGUGUCAGACAGAGUGUUGUGAGAUACUGAAUCAUAAAGGGAUGGAAACUUUGAGGAUAUACCCAAAUAUUGUACUAUCAAAAGAAUAGCUCCCUUGUAGUUAAAAGAGCCAGACUUGAGACCUAUUUUGAUUGAACUGUCUUUUUUAAAAAAAAAAUUUAAAAAACAGUCCCAAAUGUUUGGUAAAUUAUAAGAAAAGAAGUUUUGUGGAGUAUGGACAAAGUGUGUGUGCAUGAACGAGCACAUGCAACACCCACUGAUAUUUCUACUUCUUGUGUUUUGAAUGGCGUGGGUGUGCGUGUGUCGCUGAGGAACUGCUUUCAUAAUAAAAUUUAAAAUUCUUAUGAAAUUUAAUAUUCUUUCAACUAUUGGUGCCCAAAGCAUUGGCCAGACUUCCCAGAGUCCAUCCUCAAUAUUCCUGCCAAUAAGCAAGGGUUGUCUCCUUGUGGAAGUUACUAACAACACAGCACCAACUUAUCUAUUAUAUUUCCAUCUGCAGACCUGGCAUAGAGAGUAUAUCACACAGAGCCAAUCAUAUAUUUCUUCACAUUAAUUAUAUCCAAAAAGAUAACAUGAUGCAUGUAUUUUUGUAAAAUUGCGCCUCAGAACAUGAUGAUAGUUUCACCAUGUUGCAUGACCCUAUAUGGAAACAUCCCCUGGAUCCUGGUUUCUGUCGACAUUUUUGUGGUUCCUUUGUAUUAUAAUAAUAAUUAAUCUUUCACUGUGAAAGGUUUUAGUGACAUUUGUAUUACAUUGCCAGUGAUCUAAAUUGAUUUGUCUUGGAUUUGAGUGUCUAACAAGAAGGAGCAAGGGCUUGCGCCUAGAUGGGGCCCAUUUGUCAAAGAUACAGGCUAAUUUUGGACAAUCGCACAGUGGCCUUUCUCUACUAGAGGUGGUUGUAAGCAGGGCAUUUAUAAGUCCCUGCACAUAUACAUGGACCUGCGCCAUGUUCCACCAGAAUUCAAUCACAUACUUACUUAAUCCCAACCUUGAAAUCUAGUAUGUUUAGACUGAUUAAAGCUUUCCCAGCUGCUGGCCAGUCUUGCUGUGCUGACUUGAAGUGGAAAAGGUGCAUUUCAAAGCAGUUUCAAAGAUAUUUUGAGUGCAGAGACGGUGAAAAUGCUUUAGAUGGUCCUCAAUCGGUUUGACUAGAGGUUAAUUUGGAAUGCUUUCCAAGAACCAACCUCGCUUUUGCACUUCAUGAUUCUUCAAGAAUAUUCCUUGAAAAGAAAAUAUAUCUUAUAAAUGAAAUUGCAUAUGUAUAUUUGUACUGAAUAUAAAAAGUCAUAUCUAUAUAAAACAACAAGCAGAAAUUUUAUAGGGAAUCAACCUGAGUGUAGCAUAGAAGAACAGGUCUCACUGACAACAUCACACAUGAAUCUUAACAAUAUACACUGUUCUCCUCUCCUUGUUGCCUCUCCUUCAUUUGCACUGACCCAGUAGCAUUAGACAGGUGAAAAAGCUCAACCCAGUGGCUGGUGUACACCAUUUUGUCUUAUCCUCCAAACUUCAUAUCACAAUAUCUGAAAGAGAGGAGACAAGAGGAGGAAAGGACUAGCACAUACCACCAAUAUUUAACAGCAAGCAAUGCAUUCAUUGCAUUGCUGCAGCCUUUUCUAUCCAACACCAGGGCUAGAGUAUAACAUCUUUCUCAUCCUUCCAAUAAAUGUUACACAUGUAGAGCAUCCAGUGUGUUACAGAAGCAGACUAUCAUCAGUGGAAAGUUUGAACUCUCACCUGCCUAUCACAGCAAACACAACACACGUACUUCUUACAUUCAGAGACCGUACUUCAGUAGAAACCAUUCACUGUAUUCUGUGAAUACCUCAGCAAGCAUAUUACUGUUUUAUUGUAAAUGCUACAGAUAGAUAGAUAGAUAGCUAGAUAGAUAGCUAGAUAGAUAGAUAGAUAGAUAGAUAGAUAGAUGGCAAAACCACAACUGUUUGAUACUCAGCGAAUCUGAAUUGCAGAACUGACACUGUGUAAGAUGGAGAGGGUAAAAAGCUGUGAAAUGACUAUUAGAAUUUUACAUUCAUCAUACCCGUAUUGCUGAAGCGCACUUGUUCCUGUUCAUUGUUUUAUUUGUUGUGUUUUCUAUCGCAUGCAAUAAGUAAAGAAAAAAAAAGAAGAAGAAAAGAAAAGGACACCACCAUAUCAUUAUUUUUAUCUGAGGGAUGUCUCCAUACCACGAGAAAAGAUUUUGUAUUUUCCGUUCAAAUGUUCAAGUUUAAUAGUGUGUUCUAUAGAUGUACAAACUGUCUGGCUAAUUCUGUUCUGUAUAGUCGUGAUCACAAACAGGGGUUUAUCUUGUACUGUAUAUCUACUCACUGGACAAUCAUACGUAUAAGAGACUGUAAAGAAAAUAAUGAUAUAGAAUCUGUCGGGAUGGAGAAUCUGAACACUUCUGGUGCUGGGUCCUAGUCUUGCUGGAGCUGUGGAAGUUGGGAGUGAGAGAAAUAUCUUCCAGGACAAACUGCUGAUUCAGUUUUAAAGUGCAUAUCUGGACAAGUCGCUUUGGAUACAAAAUGUAUAAAUAAAAAAACAUAGAAAUGGGAAAAAAUAUAUCCAUUCAUAGACCUAAAAACUUUUUUGAUCUGAUCAGAAAGUCAUUGUCUUUAAUUUUGACUCAUUGCUGAAUCUUUUGAUCCCCACAAAACAUUAUUACUGAAUAAUUAAAAGAAAUGAAUCAGUAAAGUUGAUACAGUAUUACAUGAAAAAUGCAAUGUGACAAAACUAAACUCAAAAGUAUUUGACAAUUUGUUUAGUGUGAUUUUUCCGUACUGUACCUGGCACUGAUGCUAUGGAGGUAUUUCAAGACUGUUUCCUUUAUUUGUAAAAGCAGUGGAUAGAUGAUUGACUGACACAAUUGGAAAGACAAACUGUGAGGUUGCCAUGCAGACUCUCGUUAACAUUCAUUUAGCCGUCUCAAUCCUCAGUCCUCAAUAGCUUGGGAACAAAACAAAAAUCUAUAACUUUUAUAGAUUCUUGGUCCCAACUUGUUUUCAAAUGUCUGCACACAAUUUUACGCUAAAGGGAAGUGUGACAACAACCACUGGGUCAUUUCUCUCAAAGUGUACAGUAUGGAAUAACACUAAACAGACUUUAAAAUAUGUGACAGAGAACUGAAAAAAUGCAGACGUUGAAGACACAGUGUAACUAUCUAUUUAAAAGAGGCUCCAUGUUUAAAACUAGCUAGGACUUAACAGAUUUGAAUCACUUUUGUAUUUUUGUAUAAACCUGUAAAUAAGUUUUUAAAGAAAAAAAUGUUUCAAAUUCUUUCUUUUGUAAAAUAAAUCAAUAAAAUAAUAAAAAGAAAAAAGUUUUUUUUUUUUCAAAGUUUACAUGAUUAUUUCCAAGCCUUUGUAUAUUUUGGAGCUGUGCAACACCUUCAGUCUUGUAUUUAUUUUUGGGGGAGGGCGGGGGGUUACAACAUUGUGAAAAUACCAUUAUUCUAUAUCUAAUUCAUUUUAACAGCUCAUCAGGCUGCUUAGUAACUGUGCAUAGAAAAAAAGCCAAUAAAUGUGAUUGCGUUGAAACGGAAGGCCUUUUGUGUGACACUUUAUUUCCUCCCCAUCAGAACAAAGUGCACUGAGAGAAUCUCACCACUAGAUGACAGUGUUUUAAUGUUGUCCAGUUUCAGUCUCAACUACAGGAUUUCUCCUUGAACUGGAGCUAUUGGUCACAUUCAGUCUACAAACUAAGGAUCCAAAAUGUGACUAAAUACAAACCAGAUUCACUCUGAUUGAAUUGACAAAUACUGCCAACAGAACCCCCUGUUUCUCGUAAAGUUAUUACUUUAUUCUUGUAAUAUUAUGACUUUGUUUCUUGUAAAGUAAUGACUUUAUUCUCGUAAUAUUACGAC